AUGGACCCAAACGAUGGGGUGGCAAAUGCACCCGAGGACUCGCACAAGGCACGGCGGCAAAGCCGCCGUGAACGCCGAAGAAGCAAGCGGUCUGCCGCGAAGGGUUCCAAUGGGAACUUGUCCAAGGAACCUGAUGGGGAUGCAGAGGAGUUCUUUUUUCUGUUGCCUAAUGGCCAAGCCAUUGCAGAGCCUGGCGCGGUCGCCCCGAGCAUCACGAGUCAUGAGAGCACACCCCAGGCCCACGCCGCAGAUGGCAGGCCUUUCAGCGCAGAUGAACUGGAGGACACGACGAGUGCCCUGCUAGCUGUGGCACACGACUAUGAACCCGUGUCUCCACGCACCUCUGUUUCGGCCGCGGCUGCAGAUCAGCCCCGGGCCCCAACACCGCCUCCGGCCGAAAGCGUCGCAGCCUUGACCGUAACGUUGGCCCUGCGCACCGGCGUGGCCGAGGCGCAGCGUAUAAUCCAAUACCAGCAUGAGAGCGACCACGCCCUCAACAAGCUGUUGCACCACGCCACUCAGCUGCAAUCCAACCUUCAGAAUGCCGCUGAGACCCUCGGCCGGCGUCUCAACUCACCCAUCUCGCCUCAAGCGGCCAAGCGAGGAAGCAUUGAUAGCGAAAGCAUCCAACAAAACCUCACCACGCUCUUCUUGGCCAUUCAAAACAUUCUUGGCAACCUCCACGUCCUCCUCCACGAGAUGCCCAUCGUCAUCCAGGCCGCCAUUGAAAACGACUACAGCUUGGCCUGCUGUGCCAACGGCUAUCGUAGCCUGCUUCGUGUUUUGGAACGUGCUAUCGACACCUUGCAAGCCUGGUUGCAAGACUAUCUUGCCAGCUCCGAACGAGCCAGCGUCAUCAGCCUUACCGCUGCUCGCUUUGACGAGUUUGGCGUCAAAAUGUUCAAAACCCUGAUGAGGGUCUACUCGUACGCUGCACGGCUGGCUGAAAAAACCAAAGGCUCUUUAUUCCUGGACUUGACAGAGGAUCCGCUGCGCGCCAACAUCCUGCGCGAACUUGAGUCGAGCCAACGGGAAUGCUUCUACGGUCGCUAUUUUGGGUUCUACUACCCUUCAGAAGUGCAACAAGUCUUGCAAACCAUUGGACUGGCGCUUGUCUCAUACAGCCAUGGCAACCGUUCCCGCACGUCCACCGGCGCCUUUAUCUCUUCGCUGGCCAGCGGUGUUCACUACUGGACCAAACCCAAUGAGAUGGCUAAACGCUUUAUUGAGUACACGAGCCCGGCCAAUGCGUCCUUUACCAAGCAGUUUUGGGGCCUACUUGACACUACCUUGGCUCGACAUUGGGGCAAGGUUGUGGGUCCCGCUCUUACCGUGAACCAUACGUUUCAAAUUCCUGUGCGAGAGGAGGAACUGGAGCGCAUCGUUACAGAUGAAAACUUUGCCCUUGUUGAGAGUUUGGACCUGGACGCCGGUAUUUUUGCCGAAGCGUCAGCCACCAUUAAUGUUCCGAGCCAGCCGGGGGAGAUUAGCAAGGGGCGCAUGUAUGUUCCCCACGAAGGAGACGUGGUCUACAGUGGCUCUCAGAUGCUCCGCGUGCAGACGUCAGACGUCAUUGAGCGAGGCACCGGCGCCUGGGUCCUGAUUUCCACCCAGGAUGCCACAGCUAAAGCUACCCCGUCGCCCUCCGCGCUCGAGUCGUUGCGUGAGGCUGCAGGCUUUGCCGAAGCAGCCAGCAGCACCGGUACACGCCACGCCAAGCUGCCACCUCCACCUAUCCACGACCCCCAGGCAGCCUCACCUCAUCACAUCAAGCAGCCCCAUCCCCGGCCAUUGGCUCUGCCCCCCGGGCUUGAUCGCUUCAUUGAAGACAAUGACACAUGGAUUUUGAACCAGAUGACCGGAGAUGGGUUUGAUGCCACCACAGUCUCGGUGCGGCUCCUCUCUCAUUUGGGUAUCCAGCACCAGAUUUAUAACGAAGACAUCAACAGCAGCCGCAGUCGUGGUGCACCGACCGCCCGUGGCUUGAUUAUUCACUGCCAUGGCGGUGGAUUUGUCGCUCAAUCCUCGCAGUCCCACGAGAUGUACCUACGCCGCUGGGCCAAAGUCCUGCGCACGCCCAUUCUUUCGAUCGACUACUCUCUUGCCCCCGAGCAUCGCUAUCCCACGGCGUUGCAAGAAGUGGUUUACGCCUACCGCUGGGCCAUCACCCAUGCCACCCGUCUUGGGUCGACGGCCGAGCGCGUCAUUGUGGUGGGCGACUCGGCCGGAGGCAAUCUCGUCACCGCGCUUGCACUGCGGUGCAUUGUGGAGGACUUUCGUCUCCCGGAUGCCGUCUUUGCCAUCUAUCCAGCCCUCGAGACACGGUUUCAUCUGUCCCCGUCUCGCCUCUUGAGCGUCAUGGACCCUCUAUUACCUGAAGGGGUGCUGCGCAGCUGUUUGGAGGCCUACACGGGUCAUGAGGCAACCACCUUUGACACCACCGACCCUUUUCUCAGUCCUCUUGUCGCGAGCGACGCUUUGCUGCAACGUCUUCCACCCAUGUAUCUACUCGCAGCAGGGCUGGAUCCAUUGCUUGAUGAUAGCAUCAUGUUUGCUCGACGCCUGCGUGACCUUGGAUGUCCGGUCCAUUUACGAGUCUUCAACAGCGUUCCCCAUGGCUUUCUCAGCCUGCCGCGUGCUGGAGUAGACAUUGAAGAGGCCAACGACUAUUGCAUCGAGAAAAUGCGAGAAGUGUUGGCCGAGGUCAUCAACAUGACUCCACAUCAUCGGCGCGGAACCAUGGGUCCUGAGAACCCGGUGCGCCAUCCCUACCGCGACCUUCGUUUGAGCGUGGUUGAGGAUGAUCUCCAAGACGCCCUGGCAGCUAGUUUGGCCACGUAA